CGUAAUCUGUGGUUCCGGCGCCAUCAACGAUGUUUCAUCACACUUCGCUUGUUCUGUUUGCCCUAUACUUUUUACUAGCUUUCUCCGAUGGUCAGAAAGCAGUUCCUUUCUUUCGAGAAGACUACACAUACGUCGAAGAAACUCAGAGUUUUUACAAGUUUCAUACGACGGCUUUGCCUUGGUCGGAAGCCAAGCGCACGUGCGAGCUGGAGGGAGCCGUACUGCUGCAUCCAGAGGAUAAUGCAGAAGCUCAAGUAGCACGCACCAUUUGGGAAAAAGCUUCUUCUUCAUAUUGGAUGUAUAUGGGGAUAACCGACGCAAUAUCCGAAGGAACAUUCGUAACUGUUGAUGGUAAGAACAUUGCUAGUGUGUUCAAUAAGUGGAUAUCAGGUGAGCCGAACGAUGUCGAUGGGGGAGAAGACUGCGCUGUGCUGAGCAGUGGUGGUGAUGGCAUGAACGAUGUUUCCUGUCGCAACCACUUCAACUUCAUGUGCAAGAAGAAACUGGACAAGAAGGAUAGCUGCAACAUACGCUAUUUGGACGCCGAGAAAUCAAAACACCGAGAAGACUAUACUUACAGAGCGACAACACAGGGUUUUUAUAAGUUCCAUACGAAUCCAUUGACUUGGUUGGAAGCAAAGCGUAUGUGUGAACUAGAGGGCGCCACUUUGUUACAUCCCAAAGAUGACACCGAAGCUAAAGAAGUAUUAGCGUUUUGGAAACAUACCGAACCCGCUAUAAAAUGGAUAUAUUCAGGAUUAUCAGACUUGAUAUCGGAAGGAACAUUUUUAACGGUCAAUGGUGAAAAUAUCGCCGAUGUUUACAGUAACUGGAAAACAGGACAGCCUGAUGAUUUUCGAAAACGAGAAGAUUGUGUUCUCUUGACAAAUGACGGCCUCAUGAACGAUGUUGUUUGCAGCGACAAGAACCGGUUUAUAUGUAAAAAGGAUAUCGAAACAGUGGAGUGGAAUCACAGCUGUGAUAUGUAUAAUUUGGAUUACAAGCUGAAUCAGAAUAAUGGUAAAUGUUACAAGUUACACACAAAACCAAUGGACUGGAAUGGUGCUAAUGCUGUGUGCGAUGCCGAGUUAACUAGCCUGGCCGUGAUCAAUGAUCAGCAAGAUGCGGAUUACCUUGCCAAGCUUGCGGAGUCCGCACGGACCAUUGGGGGAAACUAUGUUAGAGGAAUAUUCCAUCUAGGCUUUAGCAAUAAACACGGAGACGGCUGGACGACGGUUAAAGGUACACCCUUGAGUAAAAAUGCCAGUUUGUGGUGGGGAGGGUCCGUGCCUGACGACAAUGACUCCCAGCAGUGCGGUGCAAUGUUCUACACCGGCCGACUGACUCCCGUCGACUGCAGCCACAGGAGUCUGUUCGUUUGUGAACGUAAAUGAAUAUAUUUAAGACUGACUUUUAUAAGUCUAUAACCAAUUUUAUUUAAUACAAGCGUAAAUGAUACAAA